UCAAUUUUAUGAAAUCCGUUUCCGGCACCGCCAUGAUUGUUUCUUUCGAUUGUCAGACCUGGCUGAUAGAACCCGCAAAAUGCAGUUGCACAUCAGAGGACAAUCUACUCACAUCCUAGAUGUGAAUGGCGAGGAAUCCAUUGCUCAAAUUAAGGAGCGUAUCCGUGCGCUUUCUGACGUUGGAGCUGAGGACUUGACUCUGUCAGUCUGUGGAGCCCCUCUUGAGGAUGGCACUCUCGUAUCUGAGCUCUCAUCAACAGAACUUGAUCUUACCGUGCCACUGCUCGGUGGUAAAGUGCACGGUUCUCUAGCUCGUGCUGGUAAGGUAAAGGGACAAACCCCAAAGGUAGAGAAACAACAGAAAAAGAAGAAGAAGACCGGCCGUGCUAAACGUAGGAUCCAAUACAACAGAAGGUUUGUGAACGUCGUCCAGACCUUCGGCCGUCGGCGCGGACCCAACUCCAACUCUUAGAUUUGUAUUAUAAAUAAUAUGCUGCAAAUAUAACAACUUUUGCAAAAA